AUGAAACCUGAUGUUACAUCGUUAGAUGAAGACCUCCGUGAACUAAGAAAUAGUAAGUUUGAUGAAAAUGCAAUCAAUGAAAUCAAGAGAUGGGUAUUUUCUGUUAUAGGAGAGGCAGUUCCCCCGGAUUCUAUGGUCGAGACAUUAAAGAAUGGUAUCGUUCUUUGCAAGCUAGCAAAUAUUUUACAAGCAGCAGACUCUAACAAGUCAAAGCUAAUAAAAUGGAGACAGUCUGCAAUGCCUUUCGUCCAGAUGGAACAAAUCAGCCUGUUUUUAAGCUUUGCCAGGAAUUACGGGGUGCCAGAAGAUGAAUUCUUCCAAACAGUAGACUUAUAUGAAGAAAAGGACCCCGAAAGUGUGUAUCAGACUUUGAAAUCUUUGUCUAGAUAUGCAAAUAAGAAACACCCUGAUCGGUUUACCGUUGUGGGUCCGCAGUUGACCACUAAACGGCCGCGACCCUCAGUAAAGCCUAAACCCGGCCACUUACAGUCUGCAGGCUGGAGCACCACUGAAUACGGAUACAUGAAAGGUGCAAAUCAAGCGACGGAAGCCGUUGUAUUCGGAAAGAGAAGAGAUAUCACGGGGAGGGACGCUACACAGCCUUAG